AUGUACACACACUCACAGACACAUGUACACAUACAUGUACAUACACGCAGGACACAUGUACAUAUACACACAUGUACAUACUCACAGACACAUGUACAAUUGUACACAUGUACACGUACACAUACCCCCCCCCCCAUAAAAAGUUGCAGUACUUCGUUGUUUACUAACAGAAUCCGGGUACUGUACUCUAGGGGGAGGCAGAGAGCACAGCACUCACUCCUUGCUUUGCUUUCACUGCGCUCAGCUAUUGAGCACUCUGACGGCUCCCAGUGCCAAUCACAGAUCCAGCCUGAGCUCCAAGCCUGCUCAGCAAGACGGCCCUGGGGGACACACUCCGCCCUCCCCCCCCACCAUAAUUUCCACUCACCA